UUACUCCCAUUUACAUAGUCAAAAGAAAUCUAGUCUUGUAGGAAGAAAAGAAAAUAAUAACAAAUCCUACAGUCUAUCUCUAUCUAAAUCUGAUCUAAUGUUAUCUUAAAAAAGCGUUUCAAGAUAAAAUUGACCUAAGAUCUAGAUCUAUUAAUAAUCAUGGUUGAUUUCGAUUGGCCUUGGCAGUACAAAUUCCCACCCUUCUUUACAAUACAACCUAAUAUUGAGACAUUUAAGAAACAGCUGGAGGCCUGGUGCAGCCUGGUACUUGACUAUCAGCGUCAUAUCAAACAAUAUACUUUGGAUGUGACAGAGGCCCAGAACUCAGAGUUAUUUUACAACAAACAGUUGAACAGACGGUUGUCUCUAGAGGCUAUUUAUGUUGUACUAGAUGAAUUGAAGAGACGAGGUAAUCUGGAAUGGAAGGACAAGAGUAAAAAAUCCUGCACCCUCAUUUGGAGGACACCUGCUGAAUGGGGGAAAAUUAUUUACAACUGGAUUUGUUCUCGGGCAAUGAACAACACUGUGUGUACUUUAUUUGAACUAAGCGAUGGUGAGGACAGUGAAGGUCAAGAGUUUCAUGGCCUGGACAAAGAAAUUCUAAUCAGGGCUCUGAAGUCUUUAGAGUCGGAGGGCAAGGCUGAAUUCAUGGUGUUUGAUGGCAGCGAAGGAGUCAAAUUUUUUUAAAGUCCUGCAACACAAGAGUCAUUUUUUUUAGUCUCUGACGAUGAGAGCUGUGACACUGCGCAGAAUGACAAUGUGAGACGUGAUGGUGAAAGUGUCAGUGAGAUAAGUGACAAUGGCACAUCAAGAAAAUUGCUGUGAUUAAUAAAUAUUUUAGUUAUCAAUGGGCUUAGGCAAAAAUGAUUUCCCUGCAGAUGUUAAAGAAAGCAAUGGUUGUUUGUGCCAUUCUAAGUACUCCAGCGUACACUUGUAGCUUUAGGUAAAUACAGAAAGUUAGGAAGAAAAUAAGAAGGGGCUGUGGUGCUUUUAGGUUUAAUAAUGUAAGAUUCUCUUGGAAGGGGAAUAUUGGAAUUUUAGAUUUACUUUAUGUCCAUACAUUGUUAUCUAUCAGCUCACUAGAUAUAGGACUGCAUCAAUACUUGACUAGUUUGAUAAUUACACUUGCCAUCAGAGUAUUGAUACCAGUAAUUAAAGUAGCAAUGACUCUUAUCAGUGGUUCUUCUGGUUUUACAAGAAUGCAAUAGAAUGUCCCCACUUUUAAUCAAAGAAUAUGCAAUCUCCAUAAGAGCACUGAGGGAUGCAGAGUAUGCCAUAUUGAGUCACCUCGUCCAACAUGAAGAAAAUAAUUUAUAACUGGGCAUAGGAUUCUUAGCCCAAUAGCUCCUAUUUCUGGUUUGAAAACUCCGUGACAUACUCUAAGAAAAGAAUUUUAAAAAUCUUUAAAAAUUUACAUUUUCAAAAAAUAGUUUAAAAUUUUGAUUUGAUACUAAUUAAUAAGUAAACAACUUUAAAAUUAGAAAGAUAUUUCUUGUUUUAAAAAAAUGUUUACUUUUAAUACCUUUAGAAUAUAAAAAAGCUAAAAAAAAAUACUCAUUUUCCCAGGGUGGAGGCUUAUACACUGGGGCUAAAGGUUUGAAAACUUUUUUAAUAGAUAAUUUAAAUUAGCGACACACAUCUGGUUUUCACAUUAAAAAAAUAGUCACCAUGUUCUAGUUCUUGUCCGAAAUGAGACAUCAUGAGCUCUUCGUAUAGGAAAGUUUAAAAAAAACUGUUGCUAGCAUCCCAACUCAUUAGCCUGCUGUAGGACUUAGCCGUAAAAGACGCACUGCAGUAGGAGCUGUUGGUUUAAAUUCAUAUUGCAUAGUUUACACAGUCUGUAUUUAUGUCAAUGUCAUUUUACUAUUUAUGUAUAUGUCAUUUUACACAUGUAAUCAUUUGUCUGAUUGAAUUCCUUACAAUCAAAGGUGAUUGUACCAAUGUUUCACACAAUAAAACUUGAAAGGUCAAUGUAUUGAAUGUAACAAUGACAAUAAAUGCUAUGUGCUGAAUACAACAAAUCAUUUUUUUAAAAA